AUGGCACGGGACAUAUAUCUCGAGGACAAGUCACGCCGGGAUAAUAGCGAUGGCCGUCAUAUCGCAUGCAAGCGGCAGAUUGUGAAGGGCAAACAGUUCAGCGCUGCUGGUAAAUAUAAGAUCGGGAGCGACAUCGGUCUGCACGUGGCUUUGUAG